AUGCCUCGAGAAGCAGAACCUUCUCUCAAUGAGAAGUCUUUUGUCACACAGGCUCUACAGGAGAACCUCAGGACUGACGGGCGUGAAAACGAUCAAUACCGGCCAUUCGAGCUCGUCUUCGGCGACGAGUAUGGCGUCGCCGAUGUCAAGCUAGGCAAGACCAGGGUCUUAGCCAAGGUGUCUGCCGAGGUUACGGUACCGUAUUCAGACCGACCAUUUGAUGGCAUCUUCAACAUUGUAACGGAGCUGAGCCCGAUGGCAUCCCCGGCUUUCGAAGUCAAUCGACCGACCGAGACCGAGGUGAUCCUGUCGCGAAUGCUGGAGAAGACAGUCCGGAGAUCGGGCGCACUAGACGUUGAAUCACUCUGCUUGAUUGCAGGCCAGAAAGUCUGGUCCAUAAGAGUCGACUUGCACGUCCUGUCGCAUGAUGGCAAUCUCGUCGACGCCUCAUGCGUGGCGGUUGUGGCGGCGCUAAGGCAUUUCAAGAAGCCUGAUACGAGUAUGGAAGGAGAGGUGGUCACGGUGUAUACCCCAGCAGAGAGGGAACCCGUUCCUCUGAGUUGGCUACAUUCACCAUUCUGCAUCACAUUCAGCUUCUUUGGAGACGAGGCAGAAAUAGCGCUCCUGGAUGCCAAUUGGUUAGAAGAGCAGGUUCGCAUAGGCAGCUGCACAAUCAGUCUAAAUCGCCAUGGAGAGAUCUGCCAGAUAGCCAAGCUUGGCGGCGAGCCCGUGGAUGCUGUGAUCCUAUUGCAAUGCACGAGCGUUGCCCUCACGAAAGCGAAAGAGCUAUCAGAUUUCCUGGACCAAAAGUUGCUUGAGGAUGCAAGGAGGCGGGACAAGGGGGGUCUCAUGGCUGAGCUGUCAGCAGAGAAUGCAAGGUGA